AUGUCCGGCCCUUCCACCCCAACCCCAGCAGCCGAGUUCACAUCCAGCAGCAACCCCUUGAGAAAGUUCAAACUUGUCUUUCUCGGAGAGCAGAGUGUAGGUAAGACUAGUCUGAUCACAAGAUUUAUGUACGAUACUUUUGACAACACAUACCAAGCCACUAUAGGAAUCGACUUUCUUUCAAAGACAAUGUACCUCGAAGACCGGACGGUACGAUUACAAUUGUGGGAUACUGCUGGUCAAGAACGUUUCCGCUCUCUCAUCCCUUCUUACAUCCGAGAUUCCUCUGUAGCCGUAAUCGUGUAUGAUAUCACCAAUCGAACUUCUUUCCUCAACACAUCAAAAUGGGUCGACGACGUGCGGAAUGAAAGAGGUCAAGAUGUCAUCAUCGUUUUGGUAGGCAACAAGACGGAUUUGAAUGACAAACGACAAGUCACUCCUGAGGAAUUGGACAAGAGGGCGAAGGAAUUAGGUGUCAUGUCUAUCGAAACGUCGGCUAAAGCGGGUCAUAAUGUCAAGACGUUGUUCAAGAAGAUUGCUAUGGCUUUACCUGGUGGUGCUGAGAACAAAGAUGCUGGGGGGAAUCAAAAAAUCGACGUAUCUGCCACAACGGGCGAGGAACCACCACAAGCGUCAGGAUGUUCAUGUUGA